AUGAUAACAUCAUUUAAGUAUUGUACAUUCAAGGAUAACAAAGGCGGUCCAUUAAUCGGUUCAGUAAAGGAUUUCAUAUUUUUUGAUGAUUGCGAAUUAGAAAAUAAUGAAGAAGGCGGCACAUUGGAUAGAAUGUAUGUUGGAAAAACAUAUAAUUUCAAAAUAAUACAUACAAGCAAGCCUAAAACAUAUGAAAAAAUUGUUUGUCCAAUCACAGAAGACAUUCACUUUGCCGACCUAGUACGAGCUAAGCAACACCGUCUAAACCAAUAA